UCUCUCGUUCGUUCUCUCUCUCUCUCUGCGAUUCCCAGAUUUGGAUUUUCAUGGCUCGAAUCAUAUCUCAAACCCUAAUCAGAACUUCCUCGCCCACAUUUCUCUCUAGUAAAUUACCUCCCUUUGCUCCCUCAUCGCGCUUGGUAAACCACCGGAACAGAUCCAACCGAUCGGAGAAAGCGCAGCUGAUCGAGGUGGAUUUGGAUCCCGAAAGCGAAGUCGAGGUAUUGGGAUUGCGUAGGCUCGAGGAAGCGAUUCAUGGGAUUAUUGUAAGGAGAUCGGCACCAGAUUGGUUGCCGUUCAUCCCCGGGUCGUCUUACUGGGUUCCGCCGCGGAAACGGCCGUAUGGAAUAGUUGAAUUGGUGGGGAAGUUAGCGAAUCCUUUAACGGAGGAGGAAAUGCUCUCUCUUAAGUCGAUCAGAGGGUGGCCCUCAUCUUCUUAUUUUGUUGAAGGUGGAGCUCCACAUCCUAGUGAGAUUGAUGCAAAUUCUAAGAAAGCUUCCCAAUCUGAGGAUGAGGAAGGGUAAAAUGCAUCUUUGAAGGAAAAAAAGUUUCUAGGGGCUCAUUGACAUUGUAAAUAAACUAAAAAGAAAAAAAAAAGAAAAAGAAGACCUAAAAUGGGCCAAGGAUAGCCAAGUGGUGGCGAGGGAAGAAGGGGAUGCUGUACAGAUGCAUCUUUGGUGAUGGUGGGGAAAGCAUUUCUUUACAAACAAAAUUACACAACAGCCACAUUCCUCCCCCAAAGACUUGCCUUGCCAUCCAUGAUCCAUCAUUCCUUUCAGGCUCGCCAAUGAGACAAGCUUAGUAGUUGUUUUUAAUGUAAUGGUAGAACAGUUUACAUCUGUAUGAGUUAGAUUAAUCAUUUUUUUUUCUCGUUGCUGGCAUCCCUAACAGAUGGUCGCCUGUAUAUAUUUCCUUUGGAACAUUUUCACCCUUUAAAUGUGUUAUUCUGUAAUACAAUUUAGAGGAUCUAUUCCUCAUUUCUAGUCGUAGUGGAUGGGUAUCAUCGUGGGAACUUCUUCCUGGAA